CGGGCGGGAGCGGUACGGACCCCGGGGGCGAGGCCAGAUCAGGCAGGGCCGGGAACGCCGGUGCCCGGGCGGCGCGGUACGGCUUCCAACCUCCCCAAGAGCACGGACCGCGAGGAGGAGGGAGCCCAGGAUCCCCCCCCUUCCUCCGCCUCCUCCUCCCGGCUUUGCCUCAGCCAUUGCCCCUCUCUUCAGCCCCCCGGCGCCUCCCUCUGCCGCCGCCGCCCCCGGCUUUAUGUUACACCGAGGCCCCCCUCUCCGCCGUUCCAGCGGGAGGAGCCGCGUCUUCAGCUCCGCCGCUGCCGAGAGGUGAUUCAUGGCAGGGGACGUGGAAGGGUUUAGCUCCUCCAUCCAUGACACAAGUGUCUCUGCUGGAUUCAGAGCACUGUAUGAGGAGGGAUUGCUUCUUGAUGUCACACUUGUCAUUGAAGACCACCAAUUUCAGGCUCAUAAAGCACUGCUUGCCACCCAGAGUGAUUACUUCAGGAUUAUGUUCACAGCUGAUAUGCGGGAACGAGAUCAGGACAAAAUCCAUUUGAAAGGUCUGACAGCUACAGGCUUCAGUCACGUCCUCCAAUUCAUGUACUAUGGAACUAUUGAACUGAGUAUGAACACUGUUCAUGAAAUACUUCAGGCUGCCAUGUAUGUCCAGCUUAUAGAGGUGGUAAAAUUUUGCUGCUCUUUCCUCUUAGCUAAAAUCUGCUUAGAAAACUGUGCAGAAAUUAUGAGACUUCUGGAUGAUUUUGGUGUAAACAUUGAAGGAGUCAGGGAAAAAUUGGACUCCUUUCUUCUAGAGAAUUUUGUGCCACUCAUGUCCAGACCUGACUUCCUUUCGUAUCUGAGCUUUGAGAAGCUCAUGUCUUACUUGGAUAAUGAUCAUCUGAGCAGGUUUCCAGAGAUAGAGCUGUAUGAAGCUGUUCAGGCCUGGCUGCGCCACGAUAGAAGACGCUGGAGGCAUACGGACACCAUCAUUCAGAACAUCAGGUUUUGUUUGAUGACACCAUCCAGUGUUUUUGAGAAGGUAAAAACAUCAGAGUUUUAUCGAUACUCCCGGCAGCUGCGACAUGAGGUUGACCAAGCCAUGAAUUACUUUCAUAGCGUUCACCAACAGCCUUUGAUGGAAAUGAAAUCGAACAAAAUUCGCUCUGCCAAACCCCAGACUGCAGUAUUUAGAGGAAUGAUAGGACACAGUAUGGUGAACAGUAAAAUUCUUCUCUUGCACAAACCAAGGGUCUGGUGGGAACUAGAGGGUCCUCAAGUACCUUUACGACCAGACUGCCUUGCCAUUGUGAAUAACUUUGUGUUCCUAUUAGGUGGGGAAGAACUGGGGCCAGACGGUGAGUUUCAUGCAUCAUCCAAAGUGUUCAGAUAUGACCCAAGACAGAACACUUGGUUACGAAUGGCAGACAUGUCUGUUCCACGUUCAGAGUUUGCUGUUGGAGUUAUUGGGAGGUAUGUUUAUGCAGUGGCUGGGAGGACCAGGGACGAAACCUUUUACUCAACUGAGCGGUAUGAUAUUACUGAAGAUAAAUGGGAGUUUGUGGAUCCCUAUCCCGUCAAUAAAUACGGACAUGAAGGGACCGUGCUUGGUAACAAGCUGUAUAUCACUGGUGGAAUUACAUCAUCAUCAACUUCUAAGCAAGUGUGUGUAUUUGAUCCCAGUAAAGAAGGGACAGUAGAGCAGCGAACAAGGAGAACUCAAGUGGUCACUAACUGUUGGGAGAACAAAUGCAAAAUGAAUUAUGCAAGAUGCUUUCACAAAAUGAUUUCUUACAAUGGUAAGCUUUAUGUCUUUGGUGGCGUCUGUGUGAUCCUGAGGGCCUCCUUUGAAUCUCAAGGAUGUCCUUCUACAGAGGUUUAUGACCCAGAUACUGAUCAAUGGACUAUAUUGGCUUCUAUGCCAAUCGGUAGGAGCGGUCAUGGUGUAGCUGUGCUGGACAAACAGAUAAUGGUUCUUGGAGGCCUUUGUUACAACGGUCACUACAGCGAUUCUAUUCUCACCUUUGAUCCAGAGGAAAACAAAUGGAAAGAAGAUGAAUAUCCAAGGAUGCCAUGCAAGCUGGAUGGCUUACAAGUCUGCAGCUUGCAUUUUCCUGAAUAUGUUUUGGAGCAUGUCAGACGUUGCAGCUAAAAUAAACAACUCAGUGAAAUGCAAAAAGCUAUACCCAGUUUGUUUUAAAAAUACAAACAAUUCUUUCAGAGACAUUACCUUGUGUGUGAGAACAACUGCUAAAAGCUUGAGAGAAACAGGAUGUACAGGGAGUGUACUUACCGAGUUCAUCAGAAGAGCCAAUAAGUUGGUCUGAUAUUGUAAAGUCCUUGUUUUUUUUAACAAAUACAAUUCUAAGUAGGGGGGAAAAAUUCUCA